AUAAGAGCCAAUGUCAUGCUACAUUAAUCGUGUAGCCAGAUUUUAGACGCAAGAAGCAAGCAGCAUGAAUGAAGGAGGUACCGCACACAUGCAACGCAAAGCAGUACCGUCAGCACAUUUCGGAACACACCCUAUAUCUGUUUCUGCGGCGCAAUAUCGAAGAGAUUGGGUAUUAGUUUGGACAUCAGACUCACGAGAUGGCACUGAAUACGCUCAUCAGGAAGACAGGAUGGAAUUUUCCAAAGGAGAUAGAAAAGAAGCCAGUGGAGAUGAUAGAAGACAAAGUGGAUAUCGCAAUUGGAGGGUAUCACAAGACCCUCCAGUGGAACUCAGACGACCACAUAGUGCAUCUACUAAUCAGCCCAAACCAGAACAUAGUCUUGAUGAAAAAAAGUCUUCGUUGUCACCACAAGCAGCAGAAUUUGUUCCAAGAUCAUUACAACUUCGUAUACCACCACCGGCUGCAUAUGAGCGUGAAAUUCCUCGUCAAAUUGCAAAGAGUUCUGUGCAAAAUAGGAUCAAUAUUGCUCGUUUCAACAAAAGUACACCAAAUGCGUAUAUACCACCAUAUGCAAUGGGAAACGAUGCUCUUAGAGACGCUUUGCAACAGCAAUGCAAUGUACAAGACUCAGUGACAGGAAGUUAUAAUAGGUACACUGAUGGUCAAAAUAAUUUGAAUGACUGCAAGAAAGAAGAGAAGCAAAACGAGGAAAAGGAAAUUUACCAUAUUUUAAUUCAAGAACUCUUUAACAUUAUCAAUAUUUUGAUUGUAAAUCCUGCCCAGUUUUCUCACUUGAUUCCACAGUUUGUAAAUAAAAUUAGGAGGGAUGGAAAUAUGCGUCACAUAGAAAUGAUUUUAAAAACUAUAAUCGAAUGGUCUAUAGACGAAAGCAAUUUCCGAUAUAAUGGAGCUCGAUUCUGUGAAUAUUUUGAUAGCACUGCAGAAGUACGUACCAAAGAGCUAUUUAGAGACGUUUUAUUCAUGCUAUGUAAAUUGCAGACUCGAUUACAAGAGCAAGAAUGGCAUAACGUAUGCGAAAAAGAUCGCGAUCAAAAGAAAUGUAAUGGAUUGAUAUUAUUUUUGGCAGAAUUAGUUGCCCAAAUGGAUGAAUCUUAUGCUUUCACUCUAGGAGAAUUAUUAGUAUGGUUUAUUACAAAAGUACUUCAAAGACCAGCGUCGAAUACAGUGAAAUAUAUAUGCCAAGCACUCAAAUUGGCGGGUCAUGUAUUGGAAAAGGAUAAAAGCAAGAGCGGAGAUAUGGAAAAUAUGAUGCGAGCGUUAACGGAACUGGUAAAUAACGGACAGGUUGACACGCAUGUCGGAAAUAUGGUAAACAACGUUCACGAAAUGCGAAAAAAUUGGGAAAAAAGCGCGUCUAAUUGUGAUUCGCCUAGCACAAACAAUGCAGUGUUAAAUCAAGUACAACAGCCAGACCAACCAGGCGCGUCUAAUUACAAUUCAUCUGAACUGAAUACUGCACCGUUGGUUGAAGUACAGCAACCGUUGGACCUGCCAGUAAUGUAUGGCCCCGAUGGUGAAGUUCUCUCUGCGGAGGAAAGUAAAUUUCUCCAAGAUCACAUGAUGUUGGAUUUGGAUGAUAUUGAGACUUCUGAUGAAGGAUCAAUUGAUGAUAAUUUCGAUGAUGAAAUUGCGACCGCUUACGAGGAGUUUUUGAAGGAGGAACCCAAAUAAAGUGUACAUAAUCUCAUAUCAACUUAUGCUACAGGAUUAUGCUGUGGCUCAAACAUCUUGCUAUAUGCACCAUUUCUUAAAAUCUUAAUGAUUUCAAAGGGAAGAUAUUAAAAGAGAGACAGAGAUUAAACUCAAUCAAGAAGAGAGAAUAUUAAAAAUCAGAUGUAGCAUUUGCAUUGCAAAAAAAUAGCACAGUAUCAUUGCAUAUAUAUAACGCACUGAUUUAUAAAGCAAUGCAUCAAAUAUAAGUAAUUCUCAAUAAACUCCCGUCAUGUACAGAAAUAAUAACAAUACCUGCAUAACAACAUAAAUAUUUACUUAUAUAGCAUGCAGGUAAUCCACUAGAAACAGAAUAUCUAAGUAUGUUUCCUAAAUUUGAAAAUUAAAAACGUAAAUGUAUAAUUAAAGAUGUAAUCUACAUAGUUAAAUGCUUCUCUAUCUCAACUCAUGAACAAGAGAAUGAAAAUGCGUGCAUUUAUUAUGCGUACUGCUAUCUUCUGCUUUUUACUUACUUUCUCAUUCUAAUGUAGUCACGCGACAUGAACCAAAUAUAAACAUUAACGCUCCUGA